CUUCAGACGGACACUCGUUUUUGUCCAUCUUCUUUAUCCUGUACUAUUUAUUCUACUACCAACAGUAAUUUGUUUAGUCUCUAACCUGCCUUUUCUAGUCAUUUUACAAAUCUGUGUAGUGUAAAAUUUACCAGGGAUUUGUCAAAGAAACAAUGACUUAAUGUUGCUAAUAAUUCAGACACAGAGAGAGACACUUGCAUCUCGUUCUUUGCAAAAUUAAGCUGAAAGCUUGAUUCUUUAGUCUCUUCUUCAAUGCCAUUCUUCUCCAAAUCUUGCCUUUCUCAUCGAAUUGCAGACUACCAACUCUUUGUCAUGUACAAAUGCACUUGAAUUGCUUAAGUAACAUGCUUAAGCAUAAAAUGAAGGUUCUAGAGAGUACGUAGAUAAUGGGCAGUUAAAGAAAUUACUUAAUCAAGAUAUACAAGAUGCCAUUUGGUCUGGUUUGAUAUACAGUUUCCUUACAGAAGCAACAUGGCAUUAGGAUCCAAAAAAGGGUGGAAAUCAGUAGUUCCCCUCCAUUUGAAAGGAAAAUCAGCUCCGCGGUUUUGGUUAUUCCCCAAAACAAAGUCAGCCAAUUUUGGUCCUGGGAAUACUCCGGUUUAUCUCAAUGUAUAUGACUUGACACCAAUGAAUGGUUAUGUCUAUUGGGCUGGCCUAGGUAUUUUUCACUCUGGUGUGGAAGUUCACGGUGUAGAGUAUGCAUUCGGAGCUCAUGACUAUCCUUCAAGUGGCGUGUUCGAAGUUGAACCCCGACAAUGCCCGGGUUUUAAGUUUAGGAAGUCAAUAUUCAUUGGGACGACGUGCUUGGACAGCACCCAGGUUAGGGAGUUCAUGGAACGUCAAGCUGCAAGUUACAAUGGUGAUACAUAUCACUUGAUCGUCAAGAACUGUAACCAUUUCUGCAAGGACAUAUGUUACAAAUUAACAGGGAAGAGAAUUCCAAAAUGGGUAAAUCGACUGGCAAAAUUGGGUUCGAUCUUCAAUUGUGUUUUACCCGAAGCCCUUAAAAUUAGUGCGGUGCAACACGACCACAAAGGCCAAGGAUAUGAUGAUAGUGAAAAGAGAAGGCUAAGAAGUACUUUCAGUUGUCUGUCGUCAAUUUCAAUGAGACAGAGGCAGUUGUCAACAUCUUCCUUGUUUCUACAGUCCCCAUUAAAAGGAUGCUUGCCAACUUGGGAAUUGAGAAGGUCGAUGAGUGGCUCGCUCAAGGUAAGGUAAGUUGAAAAAUGGCUUCAUAAAAUUUCGUUUUCUUGUGCUUAUGCAUGUUUUCAUGGUGAAGCUAUAUAUGCUUGGGUGAGUAGUUUGUGAAUCGUGACAUUUUCUUGACCUCUUGAUUUUUCCCUGUCAGUGUAACAAUGUGUUCGUCUUUUAAGGGAUCGGAUGUUGUAAAUCAACUUGUAUUGAAGGGACUUAAAGAAAGUAUCUCGAAUUUCAUGUUAA